CUUUUGCAACGUUGCAAUUUUAUUUCAAAUACCAAAAUGGUAUAUAUCGAAGGAGUUAUGGAUCAAAAAUCAAGAUCUGGUGUAUAGUAACACAAAAAUGACAGGAACUACCAACUCAUACAUUUUAGUUACUGGAGGAGCUGGAUACAUUGGAUCACACACCGUGGUCGAGCUCAUCAACCAUGGUUACAAUGUUGUGAUUGUUGAUAAUCUCUCGAACUCUUCUUAUGACGCCGUUUCUCGUGUGGAAUACAUUGUCAAGAAACCGGUUCCCUUCUUUAAUGUUGAUCUUAGAGACUCGGAGAAACUUGGCAAGGUGUUUGAACAGUACGAUAUUCUGGGAGUUAUCCACUUUGCUGCACUCAAGGCAGUUGGUGAAUCCACCCACAUCCCUCUCAAGUACUACGACAACAAUGUCAAUGGUACCAUCAAAUUACUUGAAACGAUGGCUGCACACAAAGUGAAGACUAUUGUUUUCAGUUCUUCUGCCACCGUCUACGGAGACGUUACUAGAUUCAAGGACAUGAUCCCAAUCCCAGAACAUUGUCCUAAUGAUCCUACAAACCCAUACGGAAAGACAAAGUAUGUCAUUGAAAAUAUCUUGCACGAUAUUUACAACGCCGAUACAACAUGGAAGUCUGCUAUCUUGAGAUAUUUCAACCCUAUUGGAGCUCAUCCUUCGGGGCUUAUUGGUGAGGACCCCUUGGGGAUCCCAAACAAUUUGCUCCCCUACUUGGCUCAGGUUGCCAUUGGUCGCAGAGAGAAGUUGUCCAUCUUUGGGAACGAUUACGAUUCUCACGAUGGUACCCCAAUCAGAGACUACAUCCAUGUAGUGGAUUUGGCUAAGGGUCAUAUUGCCGCUUUGGAAUACUUGAACAAUGUCACUGAAGGUGCUGGGCUUUUCCGUGAAUGGAACUUGGGCACUGGUAAGGGAUCUACUGUUUUCGACGUGUAUCACGCCUUUUGCAAGGCAGUUGGCCAUGAAUUGCCAUAUGAAGUGGUUGGUAGAAGAGAUGGAGAUGUUCUUGACUUGACUGCAAACGCUACCCGAGCUAACACCGAAUUGAAGUGGUCAGCGGAAAAGAAUAUUGAUGAUGCCUGUCGGGAUUUAUGGAAAUGGACUACAGACAACCCAAAGGGGUAUGCUGUUGCAGGCUACCAAUGGACAACCCUUGCUGGAACUGAUGGAGAUUACACUAGCCGGGUUCAUACGGUGACCAAAGAUGAUCUCUCAGUGUCAUUUUUGAACUAUGGAGCCUCUAUUCAAAAGGUUGAAUUCAAAAACCAAAAUUUGGUUUGUGGAUUAGACACUUUAGAUGAAUAUAAAUCUCAGGAUAUCUACUUGGGAGCCACUGUCGGUAGAUAUGCCAAUAGGAUCGCCAAUGGACAAUUUGAAAUCAAUGGCGAGACAGUUAAAUUGGACAAGAAUAAUGGAGAGAAUUCACUUCAUGGAGGAUCCAAUGGUUUCAACAAGCAAAACUUCUUGGGCCCCAUUGUGAAAAGAAGCGCCGAUGAGGAGAAUUUGAUUUUGCAGUUUGUAUUGGUUGAUAAGGCCGGGGCCAAUGGAUUCCCAGGUGAAUUGAUCGCAGCAGUGGAAUACACUGUUGGUAACGAUUUUGUUGAAGUUGAAUACUCAGCAACAACAGAUGCAUCUGGAACACCUGUUAAUCUCACUAACCAUUCAUACUGGAACUUGGCUGGAAACAAGUCUACAAUUGAUGGAACUCAAGUAAAAUUGGCGACUAGUAAGGCUUUGGAAGUUGAUCCAAACACACUCAUUCCUACUGGAAACGUUUCUACUUUGGAUAUUUCAAACCUCGAUGGUAAAGUUGAUAAUUGCCUUAUAGUAAGAGAGAGUUCCCAAAUAAAUACUAGCUCUGAGUCCUUGGUGGAAGUACUUGAAGCUUCACACCCAGACUCAACUCUUGUUUUAAGGGUGGAAACUACCGAACCUUCUUUCCAAUUAUACACUGGAGACUAUGUUGACAUUCCUGGCAAAUUUGGACCUCGGUGUGGAUUUUGUGUUGAGCCUGGUAGGCUCAUCAAUGCUGUUAACGUGGAGAAGUGGAAACAAUUAGUAUUACUUGACAAUAAGAGCACUUACGGUUCAAGAACAAGAUAUUCUUUCAAGCUUAAAAAUUAGAAUUAAAAUGGGAUUUCCUUAAAUAAGAUAUUAAUAUAUAAUUAUGAUAUUA